AUAUUGCAGUGGGCGCAGAUAUCACGCUAGUUACAUUUCGGCUCUCCUGAGAAACAGUUGUGUUUGCACGCAGACAGUUUUCAGAUUUCCAGUCAUGGCUCUUGUAGGAAAAUGGGAAUAUGUGUCCGCAGAGAAUCUGGAUGAGUACAUGACCGUUGCAGCGGUUCCCGACAACCUGAAGGAAGUGGCAAAGAACAGCAAGCCAUCCCUGGAGAUCACGAACUCCGGGGACCAGUGGACGCUCAAGACGACCGUGAGUGACAAGGUCAAGGACACGACCUUCACAUUGGGUCAGGAGUUCGAGACAAAGUCGCUCACCGGACAGGACCUGAAGUGCGUGGUUACCAUGGAGGGCGAGAAAAUGGUGGAGACGCAGAAGGCAGGUGACGUGACCACCAUCGUCACGCGCGAGGUGCAGGGGGACCAACUCGUGUCGAAAAUGACGCUCGGCGGCUCCACAGCUACAGUGACCUUCAAGCGGGCUUAGUGACCGACACAAGGGAACAACCAAAUGAUUCAUUUGGUUCAUUUGUAUUAUUUUAAAUUAUUAUGAGCUUUUCAUGUGUAAUAAAUAUGUCAGAUAAAGGUUGAAAAAAUGA